UCACCUCUUCCCUCACCCAGGCUAUCCCUUCUCAAAAUUGAGUCUCGCUGCUUUCCCUCAAUCUAUUCCAAAUUCUUUCCCAACUUUUCUGUCAGACUCUCUCUCUCUCUCUCUCUCUCUGCGUUCAACCACAAAUGGUUCCAACAAAGCGUCGCCACAGAUUCUUCAAGUUCAGAAGUCCAGUUUUUCUCUCCCUUAGUCUCCGCUCUACGUCUCGUUAGUUUCUAAUAUUCUCAAAAGAUUUCGUUCUCUCACAUAUCACUCUCUCUAUCUCUCUCUGAAAUCAAUCUUUCCCAGUCGAAGCUCAUUGGGUGGAAAAAGAGGAGAAAACUCGAGUCUUUUCGGUUUCUUUUCUCUCACGGACAUAAACAGAAACACAUUCUCUGCUCUACUCUCCUCUAUUCUGUUCUUACCAAAUCAAAAUCACUUUUUUUCAAUUUUGGGCUUUGUCGUAUCUAUUUUAAUCCCAGUCGAUCCAAAUGGUUAUUAACGAGUACGAAUUCUCACGUGCUGUAGUGGAAAUGGCUUGGAUCAUGCUGAGGAUCGAUUACUCGAGGCUGUUCUGGCUUUUGUUCGGCGUCUUCUCUUAUGAAAAUCACGAAGGAAAGCCUCGGAUCUAACCUAAGCUUAGCUCUCCUUUCCUUCCCUCAAUUCCUUUCUCUCUCCCUCAAAUUCUGAAUCCAAGUGGUGAAUACCAAUCAAAAAGGCGUUUUUUUUUCUUCUAACCUAUCUUGUUCAUCUUCAUCGACCUCGACUCCAAGAAACCAAAAUGUCUAAAGCGCGAGUUGCAGAGCGUCUUCGAGAAGCUUCAGCGGCUGAUUCUGGGUUCGUUGAAACCGAUCCAACUGGUCGAUAUGGACGUUUCAAAGAAGUUCUGGGCAAAGGAGCCAUGAAGACGGUGUACAGAGCAUUUGACAAAGUACUUGGGAUGGAGGUGGCAUGGAGCCAAGCUAAGCUCAACGAUGUAUUCCAAUCAAAGGAGGGAUUGCAGCGGCUCUACUCGGAGGUGCACCUCCUCAGCACCCUCAAACACGAUUCCAUAAUCCGCUUCUACACUUCUUGGAUCGAUGUGGCCCAGAGAACCUUCAACUUCAUCACCGAACUCUUCACUUCAGGCACCCUCAGAGAAUACAGACAGAUGUACAGUAGCGUGGACAUCCGAGCUGUAAAGAACUGGGCCCGCCAGAUCCUACGUGGCCUCGUGUACUUGCAUGGUAAUGAUCCUCCUGUAAUUCAUAGAGACCUCAAGUGUGAUAACAUCUUCGUCAAUGGUCAUCUGGGACAAGUUAAGAUUGGUGAUCUAGGUCUAGCGGCUAUUCUUCGUGGGUCCCAACCGGCACACAGCGUCAUAGGAACACCGGAGUUCAUGGCACCGGAACUCUAUGAAGAAGAGUACAACGAGCUUGUCGACAUCUAUUCCUUUGGCAUGUGUGUUCUUGAGAUGAUUACAGGGGAGUAUCCCUAUAGCGAAUGUUUCAACCCUGCCCAAAUCUACAAGAAAGUGACUUCGGGAAAGCUACCUGACGCAUUCUACCGGGUCCAUGACAAGGAAGCACAGUGUUUCAUAGGCAAGUGUUUGGAGAUUGCUUCAAAGAGGCUACCUGCCAAGGUACUCUUGAAUGAUCCUUUCCUUGCGUCAGAUCAAGAAGAGGCCUUGCUGCCACCCGUUCCUGUUCCCCUUCCUAAGGAUGAAAGCCAGAGUCACACUGAUGAAGAAGAAGAUGAUGAUGAUGAUAUUGAUAAUGAUAAUGAAGAAGCUUGGGCCAAUCCUGAAAGACGCGUGGACAUCACAAUCAAAGGGAAGAUGAAUCCCGAAGAUGACACCAUCUUUCUUAACGUACAGAUUGCAGAUAAGGAUGGUUGUGUUAGGAAUAUAUUUUUUCCUUUCGAUAUUGUAAACGAUACUCCUCUGGAUGUUGCAACUGAGAUGGUGAAGGAGUUGGAGAUAAACGAUAGGGAGCCUGCUGAGAUUGCUGAAGUGAUUGAGGAGGAGAUCUCGAUUCUGGUGCCGAACUGGAGGAACUGCUGGGUCUCAUCUCCUGACCAUGCUCAACACACCUUCAGCUACCAUGAAGAUGAUGAAGGGGAUGGGACUCAUCAUCCAUUCUAUAGCUCAUCUUCAUGUUCUUCCCAAGCUUCUCUCUCAGGACUGAUAACUUCGACCCAGAAUUCUCGUGGGGAUGAUGUGGUUUAUAGCUGUGACUGGCCUCCAGGAGAGUCGGAUUUGUUUGAUACUAGCUCUCAAAGCUCUGCACAUUCCGGCAAAUACUCCAACUUAUAUGACUAUUCCGCCAUCGAAAAUGAUUUGGAUACAGGUCCCAGAAGAAAAGAACACCAUCAUCACCAGACUGUAGCAACCCACAAGUCAACAAGAUUCUGCCCUGAAGAGAAAUCAAGAAGAGGACAUUGCAUUGGUGUGAACUGUUGCAAGCAAUGCAAGGUGAUUACAGGACUCCGGCGAGGCCCUAGUUCGUGUGAUCGAAUGGCAUUAGAUUCCCGUUACCUGAUCGAUGUUCGGAGCCAGUUGUUGCACCAGUCUUUGGUUGAGGAACUGAACAAAAGGAGGUUGUUCAAGACCAUUGGAGCUGUGGAGAACAUAGGAUUUCAA